UCCACGCCAGACGGAGUAAAAGACAAGCUACCUUUCCACUCCAGACAGAGUAAAAGACAAGCUACCUUUCCACGCCAGACAGAGUAAAAGACAAGCUACCUUUCCACGCCAGACAGAGUAAAAUACAAUUCAUGUCUGAUCCCAAAAUGUGUCCGGAACCUUCUUAGGGAGGGUGUGACACAAUUUCUGAACCCACGGAGGCAGAGGUCAAAUCAAGCUCCUAACGCAUCGCCGUGUGCCUCUUCAAGUUUUGUAACAGUGUGAAGGGCUCGGUAUAGCACCGCAUUGACCUGAUUGGUGGGCAGGAGGUGGGGGCGGGAGGUCCAGUAUAAACACAAACUCACUUCCUUGACAACAGCUCUGCUCCGUUAAGCGCUAGAAGUAUAAAAGCCCGGAUGUCUGCAGAGGAUGGAUCUGCAGUCAGAUAUCGGAAUUGACCAUCCAGUCUUUUAGCAGAGAAAUGUAAAUCUCUAACUGCUGGCUACUCUCAUUCUGUGUCUUUAAUCCAACAAGCAUUUCCCUAAAAGCGGUCUGGGUUUUAACAUCUUCUAUUGUACAGACCAGUAAUUAGCUUAAUAAAUUGAUAGAAUUAGAUUAGUAUAUUUCUUUUCGUUUUGUCUCGUAGGAUAUAGAAGGUUAUAUCUCAGCCUCUGAAUGUCAAAGAAAUGAAACCGUGAUUUGCAUCCGAGUCACUUCUUCCCUGGUUAUCUUACAGCUUGUUUCUAGCGUAAAGCAGCGCUGACCAAAAACACUGUUAUAGAUCUCUUUAUAUAAUCAGAUCAGUUUUAUUUUCUUCAUGUUAAUCUAACAAGUGGUAGGCCUGUGCUUUUUUGACAGCAUCUUCACUAAAAGAGGCCUAUGGCAUAACCCCUCAAGUGGAGUCUGGGUUUUUAACUCAACAGCCCUUCACUGACAUGGAGACCAACUCAGAUUAAGUCUGAGGCCGGUAACAUCAACAGUGAGGACAAACCCAGCCUGCCUCUCCCCUUCCACACUGAGUCCAAACCUACAGUCACUGGGUCCUGAUUGUGACAGUGGAGCCCAGUUUGCACUGCAGGAUCCAGAGAUGGCAUCAGUGAAGCUGGAAGACUGCAGUCAAACACUGGAGCUGAAUGUCAACAUUAAAGAUGAAGAAGAGGAGGAGGAGAUUGGUACAUCUGUUAGUCAUGGAGACCAUGUUGAGACAUUCUCUACAUCUAGAGAGCAACAGCAGGAAGAUCACAGAGCUAAGAGGUUUCACCACUGCCCACAUUGUGAGAAGAUUUUCCCAGGUUUAUCAAAGCUAAAAAUACACGUAAAAAUCCACACAGGAGAGAAUCUGUAUUCCUGUACUGACUCUGGGGAGAGAUUCACAACAUCAAAGGCUCUGACAGUUCAUCAGAGAGUGCACACAGAAGAGAAACCUUACUCCUGCUCGUACUGUGGGAAGAGUUUCUCUCAACAGACCAACCUAAAAAAACACCAACGUUUACACACAGGAGAGAAGCCUUACUCCUGCUGUGACUGUGGAAAAUGCUUCACAACCUCAUCUGAGCUAACAGUUCAUAUGAGAACACACACUGGAGAAAAGCCUUAUGUCUGCUCUGACUGUGGGAAGAGUUUCUCCCACCAGGGUAGCUUAAAAGCACACCAACGUAUACAUACAGGAGAGAAGCCGUACUCCUGCUCUGACUGUGGAAAGAACUUCUCCCGAUUGGGUACCCUAAAAUUGCAUAAACGUAUACAUACAGGAAUUAAGCCUUACUACUGCUCUGACUGUAGGAAGAGUUUCUCCCACCAGGGUAGCUUUAAAGCACACCAACGUAUACAUACCGGAGAGAAGCCGUACUCCUGUUCUGACUGUGAGAAGAGUUUCUCCCGAUUGGGUACCUUAAAAUCGCAUGAACGUAUACAUACAGGAAAGAAGCCUUACCACUGCUCCAACUGUGGGAAGAGUUUCUCCCAACGGAACCAUUUAAAAUCACAUGAACGUCUUCACAUAGAAAAGAAGGCACACUCCUGCUCUGACUGUAGAAAAUGCUUCACAACAUCAUAUGAUCUAAAAGUUCAUCAGAGAACACACACUGGAGAAAAGCCUUAUGUCUGCUCUGACUGUGGGAAGAGUUUCUAUCAACAGAGCAGCUUCAAGAAACACCAACGUCUACACACAGGAGAGAAGCCUUACUCCUGCUCUGACUGUGGAAAAUGCUUCACAACAUCAUCUGAUCUAAAAGUUCACCAGAGAACACACACUGGAGAAAAGCCUUAUGUCUGCUCUGACUGUGGGAAGAGUUUCUCUCAACAGAGCAGCUUCAAGAAACACCAACGUUUACACACAGGAGAGAAGCCUUACUCCUGCUCUGACUGUGGAAAAUGCUUCACAACAUCAUCUGAUCUAAAAGUUCACCAGAGAACACACACUGGAGAAAAGCCUUAUGUCUGCUCUGACUGUGGGAAGAGUUUCUCUCAACAGAGCAGCUUCAAGAAACACCAACGUUUACACACUGGAGAAAAGCCUUACAUCUGCUCUGACUGUGGGAAGAGGUUCUCUCAACAGAACCAUUUAAACACACAUCAACGUAUUCACACAGGAGAGAAGCCAUACUACUGCUCUGUCUGUGGGAAGAGUUUCUCUCAACAGAGCAACUUAAAAACACACCAACGUAUACAUAAAGGAGAGAAGACUCAUCAGUUCUCUCAGACCAGCUAAGAUUAAAAUUAGGUGAUGGAGUGAUUUUAAUUUCAUUGCUUUACUUGGACUGAAAUAGGUGAUUUUAAUCUCAUUGCUUGACUUGGACUGAAAUAGGUGAUUUUAAUCUCAUUGUUUGACUUGGACUGAAAUAGGUGCCGGAACUCAUUUUAGAGGAAACCCUUUUGGACAAUCAGAACCUUACAAAUGGAAAGGCCGCACACCCUUCCUAAGAAGGUCUGGUUCCGACAGAUAACCAGCGAACGAAGGCAUUCACACGUAAAUACAUUCAUGAUUUCUUCUCGUCUGCAAAGUAUAUGAUUACUGUGAGAAUAGUUUCUAAAAUGUUUCUAAAAUGUAUCAAUGAUAAGUGUUGUUUUUCUCUCUCUCCUUUUGAAAAAAAACAGACACUAUAUUGUGUCAG